GCCGGCGCAUUAACGCUCUUUCAUUACGUGCGUGUACCGAGAGCUUUGUUAACAAGUUGCAUUACGGGAGCUUUUCGGCGGAAAACCUUUUGCAUCCCCCCGGUUAUGGUAAAAUGGUUUCGUUAAAAAAAAUGCUCCCCCAACUUGACGAAUGUUUUGUGUUUUUGAGGAGAUCUACUGGAGUAAUCUGUUUGGGGGGGGAGGGAAUGGAGUCAUUGGGGAGCGGAAUAGUAGGUUGUGUGCGUAAAAACCGAGCAAUUGCUAUUGAUUUUUCCUUCAGUAGAGAGCUCAGGACACUGUCACUAACAGAAACUCGUGGAUACAUCCAUGCAAGCGUUUUCCUUUCGUGUCGUCGCUUUUGGGUCGUCAUUUUAAUUGGCGCUAUUUCGCUAGGGUAACAGUGAUUGUGAUAGUGAAAAUCUUCUAUUAUUACGGUGAAGAAGAUACAUUUUAAAAGUUGUUCCCUUACGCUUUAUCUCUGGUAGAGCGCAAGGUGUAAACAUUGUACAAUUUUCCUGGUGGAAAACUCGAAUCCACUCGAAAACUUAAACCAUACGCGAAGUGGCCGUCACAGAUGUCACGGAAAGUUCACCAGAAGACAACAAGCAAUCGAACACGGUGGUUUUGAAAAACGCAUCCCAUAAACCACACAGCGGACAGCCGAAAAAACAGGGCGGAAAAAAAUAUCACACUACGCGUAGAACAAACAAUCCGUCAUGGAGCUAACCCGGAGGCAAUUUAACUUAAUUACCACCACAGGAAAGAUGGCUUCCACCAUUCUUUCGCUUCUGUUCCUGCUGGCCACCAUCGUUCCGUACCGUGCAACGGUUGCACUACCGGAGGGAACGUUUCCGGUCGCGAAGCGUAUGAAUAUCGAAACGUGCUUAGUCCGGUUCGAUGUGCAUCUUAACACCAUCAUACGCACGGAAGAAUCGCGAUCGAUGGGUGCACGCUUUCUCGACGAUGCCGAUCUGAAUUCGCGCGAACAGUGUCUACGGCUGUGCUGCGAAACGGAAAAUUGCGACGUAUUCGUGUUCGAAGAAAAAAGUCCGGGUACGUGUUUCCUCUUCCAGUGUGGCCCGCCGGAAAACUUCCGCUGUAAGUUUACACGCCACUCGAACUACACCAGCGCAGUUCUGUCCAUGCCGCCGCCUCCGCCUCCUGUUGAACAACCGCCUCCACCACCUGCACCGCUAGCAGCACAGAUACAAUCGCUAGCCGCACAACCGGCCCCCAGCAGUGGUGUUACGAAACUGCUCUCCCAACACGAAAUGGAACUGGUCAGCUUGAAGGACGGUGGCAACGGUAAGCUGCAGGGCACAAAUUUUGCACCCGCUUCAUCCACAACGCCUUUGCCACCGUUGGGCGUUCGGCUUGGAGAAAUACUGACUACGCCCAGCGCCAGUACACCAAAGCUUGGGAUGCCCGCGCAACAGUGUGGUCAUUUCGAAUUUCCUUGCCAUUCUGGGGAAUGUAUCGCGGUGUACAACGUGUGCGAUGGCAUCCCGCAGUGUGAGGACGGUAGCGAUGAAGGCGCCGAAUGUCCGCAGAAGAGUUCCGCUCCGAUCAUAUCCUCACCGACGAUGCAAGGCAGAGAGCAGGGUUCGGGACACGGAAGGGCGAGUAUGACCGGGGGUUUGGUGAAUCAACCCGUCAUGAUGAUACCCUCGGUACGUGGCGGUACCAGCGGGAACAAUCCGAUCGGGAUGGGUGCACAAGGAAUGCUUCCACUCGACCAACGUAUGUAUCAACCCCUGGAUUACCAACAGCCGCCCAAUCGAUUCGGGUUGUCAUUGGAACAGCAGCAGCAGAUGCACCGCAAUCGCGAAGAUCCGAUGACGGCUCCCAAACCUUGGCCUCGUCCAGCCAUCAAUGAGCCGAACUAUGUCGAUUCCGCCGAUAGUCAUAUCUUUAACCAUAAGGGCGGGUUGCAGCUAUCGGCAGUUAACAACCUGUUACCACCUUCUCAGCAAUAUCAGGAAACACUACCAGAAUCGAGCUACAUGCCAUCCUCCUCCGUCAUACGAGGUGGUGGUGGAAAGUCAUAUCUGACUAUGGCCGGAAGUAAUGGCUAUCCUCAACAACCGUUACCACAGUUUCCAGCCGAACAAACGCCACAGCAGAUGCCACCGUAUAAAUCCGUUCUUCCUUCCCAGUGGAUGGGAAGUAACAAUAUGCGGGCCUCCAACUGGCCAUUACAACCGGGCGAUGGUUUACCUAGUGGCAGUGAUGGAGUUCCUCCAAGGGAACAAUACAUACAACCGCCAGUCCAGCAGAAACAUCCUUCGAUCGCAGACAUGCAAUCCACUUCCAACGGAGCGGAUGCAUCAUCGUCCUCCUCGAUUACAUUGCAACAAACGGCAUUAAACCAACCACCCCCAUCGGCUGGUCAGUGGACAAUGGGAUCACAGGCAGCGUUGGCGGGAACACCAACACCGCCAGGUACUCCGUCUGCUAGCGACGGCUCAGCGAAUCGUGCUGGGCUUGAAACCUCAAUGAAAGAACCAUCCCCAAACCACGAAUCAUUGCCUUCUGCAGCUGGCGCAGCUCAAGGUGGAGCAAAACAUAAGCCACCUGCCAGCGUUCCAUCGGAUGGUGGGACAGAGUACGAAGAAGAUGCAUAUGACGAUACUUACCCAGAAUCGACGAACGUAGCCGGUGCGGAUGAGCAUUCGCAACCACCUACCCAAACGGAACCACCGAAGAAAAAGGUUCGAAAGCAUCACAAACACGAUCAUGACCAUGGUAAGCAAGCCGGUACGGGUUCGGAUGCGGACAGUGCUAGUGAACAGACGGAACAGAAAAAGAAGAAAAAAACCAAAACUAUCAAAAAAGAUAAAGCGGCUAAUCAGGCCGAUCACGAAAUUGGCACCGGCCACCAUACUGGCAGUGAUCCGAUCGUGCACGAGCAUCUAAAGGCGCUGCACAAGGAGCUCGAGAUCGAGUUCGCGGAUCACGAUGGUUAUGCCGACCGUCCCGGUGGUGCUAUGUUGUCCCUUACCCUCGGUGUGUUGCUGACCGCGGCCAUGGGUAUUCUGCUGAGCUGCCGGAUGCGUGUCGCCCGUCGAAGAAUUCGUCGUCCGGGCAAAUCAUCCUACGCGCACGAUGCCGAUUUUCUCGUUAACGGCAUGUAUCUGUAGAGAUCCCGUUGAGAACGAAGCAACAUCAUCAGCGGACGGUUAACCCGCUUCUUGUUGGUACCAUUUUCUUAUGUUAUACGUGCUGUAUAUGCUGUAUUUGGUUUCUUUCCGCCGAAUGGAUGAUGGUUAAAAAAAAAUGCUAGGUUUAAAAUAUUUUAUUCUUAGUGCUGUAAUUAGUAAAGAUCAGUAAUGCAGAAUUAUACAGAAAGAGAAAUAAAAUUAAACCCGACAAAAAUAUUGGCGAAAUGGAAAA